UAACUAACAGUAGUGAGAAACAAAAAAAAAAAAAAAAAUCUUUGAGCUGAAUCCAAAGCACUGCUGCUGGUGUCCCAAAGCUGGAAAAAAAGGGGGCGAUUUCUCCAAUAUUUUCUUGAUUGGAAUAUUCUCAUUUAGUUAAUCUAAUUGCUAAACAACUCCUCAAUCAUCAUCGUCAUCUCAACCUUUCUUCCUUGAUUCUUCAAGAAAGAAAGAAAAAAGAAAUAUUCCGUCGAACGAAGAUCAUGGCUGAUCAUUCGUUCAAGGCGGAGAAUUCGUCGGCCUUCCGCCAAGGGAGGCGGAGGCGGCACACGACUCCGACGAGGUCCGAGUACGUUUCCAACUCCUCAUUCUCGACCUCGAGCUCCUACGCCUUCCCCCAGUUCGGGGGGGCCGGGAGGGGGGCCAACCCAACCCCGGCCUCCCCCUUCGCCACCGACGACGACAGGUCGUGGAAGGGGGAGCUCUCGUGGCAGUUUGAGCCGUCCGGGUGGAACGAGAACCACGACCUCGGCUCGGCCAUGAGUCCCUGGACCACAAAUUCAUCCACCACGGCGCGUAGCCGGAUUUUCAGGAAAUCCGCAAACGACUACUUUCUCUCAUAUACCUACGGCAGCGGUGGCGGUGGCGGUGGCGGUCAUCACAGUAUUGGGAAUUCCCAUCAAGAUUUCUCGCGUUCUGGCUAUGGCCUGGCGACGCAGCAGCAGAGGCUUGAGCUGCAGAGCUACAUCGCCAGGCCACGUGCGGGCGCGAGUACAAUCUUGACGAGUAUUACUGAAGGGAGCAGUGGUGGAGCCCACACCACCGUCCCUUCGGUUGAUAAACAUGAUAUGGACCGUCAGAUACGCGUGAUCAAGACCUACCGCGAUCUCAACAAUCAGAAGGAGCAGGAUCCGAGGUGGUUCUCUGUUUCUCAUGCUUACAUGGAUGACAAAUCUCAUCAUGUUGACGAUCACUUGGAAUCUGCCAACUACAGCCGCAGCCGCCACCUUGGUGGUGGUGGUGGCGGCGCCCACUCUGUGCCGGCAAUCGUGGAAUAUGAAGAUGACGAUGAAGAAGAAGAUGAAGAAGAGGAAGAUGAGGCCGUGGAGCCGAGAUCAAUGGGACUUUUUGGUUUGUUUAGGUAUGCAGCGAUGCUCGAUUUCGUGCUGAUUUUGUUUGGAUGCUUGGGAGCUUUCAUCAAUGGAGGCUCUCUCCCUUUCUAUUCUUUGCUUUUUGGGAGAUUUGUCAACAAGCUAGCCCUUGGAGGAACUGACAAGAAGAAGAUGAUGGAGGAAGUGGACACUAUAUGUCUAUAUAUGACUGGCUUGGCAGCCAUUGUUAUGGUGGGAGCUUACUUAGAGAUCGCGUGCUGGAGGCUGGUUGGCGAGAGAUCGACCCACAGGAUAAGAACCGAGUAUCUGAGAGCGGUGUUGAGGCAGAACGUGGCCUUUUUCGACACGGAGAUAAGCACAGGCGAUAUAAUGCAUGGGAUCUCUAGUGAUGUUGCACAAAUUCAAGAAGUCAUGUCAGAGAAGAUGGCACAUUUUGUGCAUCAUAUCUUCACCUUCAUCUGUGGAUAUGCCGUUGGCUUCAAGAGCUCGUGGAAGGUGUCUCUGGCCGUAUUUGCAGUGACGCCGUUAACCAUGUUCUGUGGCAUCGCGUAUAAGGCCAUCUACGGCGGCCUAACGGCGAAAGAAGAGGGGUCAUACAGAAAAGCCGGCAGCAUUGCUGAGCAGGCCAUAAGCUCAAUCAGAACUGUGAUUUCCUUCGCAGCCGAGGAGAUCUUGGCCGGAAAAUAUGGCGAGCUUCUUGAGAGAUCGGUGCCUCUAGGGACGAAACUUGGCUUUGCAAAGGGGGCGGGGAUGGGGGUGAUUUAUCUCGUCACAUAUGCUACUUGGGCGCUUGCAUUUUGGUAUGGCUCCAUUUUAGUUGCAAACCGUGAUCUCUCCGGUGGCGCCGCCAUUGCUUGCUUCUUCGGUGUCAAUCUCGGUGGAAGAGGCCUAGCAUUGGCCUUAUCUUACUUCGCACAGUUCUCGCAAGGAACUGUGGCUGCAAGCAGAGUGUUCGAAGUGAUAGACAGGAUUCCGGAGAUCGAUCCUUACAGCUCCGAGGGGCGGAAGCCGUCGAGCAUGCGUGGGAGAGUCGAGUUUAGAGGCGUCUCCUUCGCUUAUCCGUCGCGCCCCACCGUCCCGAUUCUUCAAGCUCUGAAUCUGGUGAUCCCACCUUCCAAGACUCUAGCAUUAGUAGGAGCAAGUGGUGGUGGGAAAUCGACUGUUUUUGCGCUUAUAGAGAGGUUCUAUGAUCCAACACAAGGGUUCAUUAAUGUGGACGGCUACGAUUUGAGGACGCUGCAGGUGAAAUGGCUGAGGAAUCAGAUAGGCAUGGUGGGGCAAGAACCUGUUCUUUUCGCAACCACCAUUCUUGAAAACGUGAUGUUGGGGAAGGAGAAUGCCACGAAGAAGGAGGCGGUCGCCGCCUGCGUCGCGGCCAACGCUCACAGCUUCAUCUCCGGCCUGCCCGAGGGCUACGACACAGAGGUCGGAGACCGUGGGACCCAGCUCUCGGGCGGGCAGAAGCAGCGGAUCGCCCUUGCUCGGGCCAUGAUCAAGGACCCUCGGAUCCUCCUCUUGGACGAGGCGACGAGCGCGCUGGAUGCGGAGUCCGAGGCGAUCGUGCAGAAGGCCAUCGACAAGAUCUCGACGGGGAGGACCACCGUGAUCAUCGCCCACCGCCUUGCCACGGUGAGGAACGCCCACACGAUCGUCGUGAUAGACCGUGGCACGGCCGUGGAGAGCGGUGAUCAUACCCGGCUGAUGGAGAAGGGCGGCGCCUAUUUUGAUCUCGUUAAGCUUGCCUCGCACGGUGUGGUGGCGUCGCAGCCCAUGGUGCAGCGGGGCGAGGAGGCGGGGAAUGUGCAGGCGGAGAAGCCGGCCGCUGAUAGAUCGAGCUCGAGGGCUCGAGAGGUCGGCAGUGUGUAUGAAUUCAAGAACACUGAGAUGAGAGAUGAGAAGAAAUUGAUGAAUUAUAAGCUUGGAGAUGUUUGGAGUUUGCAGAAGCCAGAAGGUGCUUUACUGAUUGUGGGGUUGGUUUUAGGUAUGUUUGCGGGCUCCAUUCUAUCAGUUUUCCCCUUUAUUUUGGGCGAGGCUCUCAGAGUUUACUUCGAUAACGUGGCAAAUUUAAAGAAGGAAGUCAACAACCUAUGCUUAGUGCUGGUUGGUCUUGGGUUCGGGUUGGCCGUGACGUUGAUAGGCCAGCAGGGGCUCUGCGGCUUGGCCGGGACACGUCUCACGAGGCGCGUCAGGGACUCGUUGUUCCGGGCCAUGUUGCGGCAGGAGCCCGGCUGGUUCGACGCGGCCGAGAAUUCCGGUGGGAUACUCGUGUCGAAGCUAUCUAUAGAUUGCAUCAGCUUUAGGUCGGUUCUUGGUGAUAGAAUCUCUGUUUUGUUGAUGGGCCUGAGCUCGGCCACGGUCGGGUUAGGCAUCUCGGCCCGGUUGGAGUGGCGGCUGGCCCUCAUGGCACUGGCCGUGACUCCCCUGACGCUCGGGGCGAGCUACCUAAACCUGGUCAUCAACAUCGGGCCGAGGCUCGACAACGCCGCCUACGAGAAGGCGAGCACCAUCGCGGCGGGUGCCGUGUCGAGUAUAAGGACCGUGGCGACGUUCGGGACGCAGGAGAGCGUCGUCAGGUCCUUUGACCACGCCCUGGGGGAGCCCAAGCGGACUGCCGUGAGGCGGUCCCAAAUCAUGGGGUCCGUCCUGGGGCUAUCCCAGGGUGCGAUGUACGGUGCAUACACCCUAACUCUGUAUUUUGGUGCCAUUCUUGUGAAGAAAGACUACACAAAUUUUGGUGUGGUCUAUAAGAUCUUUUUGAUCCUUGUUCUGAGCUCAUUCUCCGUCGGGCAGCUGGCCGGGCUGGCGCCCGACACAUCCAUGGCCGUGACGGCCAUCCCGGCCAUCUUCAACAUCCUGCGCCGUAGGCCUCGCAUCAGCAGCGAGGGGAAGCGGGGCAGGAAGCUGGAGGGGGCUCAAGCAGUAGACCUCGAGUUCAAGAAGGUGUCGUUUGCGUAUCCGUCGCGGCCGGAGAUAACCGUUUUGAAUAAUUUUAGUCUCAAGAUUAAGGCAGGGAAGAUGGUGGCGUUGGUGGGGGGGAGUGGAUCGGGGAAAUCAACGGUUGUGUGGCUAAUACAAAGAUUCUAUGAUCCUAAUAGAGGCAGAGUUUUGAUGGGAGGAGUUGAUUUGAGAGAGUUUGAUCUCAACUGGCUGAGGCGGCAGAUUGCGUUGGUCGGGCAAGAGCCGUCGCUCUUCGCCGGCAGCAUACGCGAGAACAUCGCGUUCGGAGACCCGAACGCGACGUGGUCGGAGAUUGAGGAGGCCGCCAAGGAGGCCUACAUUCACAAGUUCAUAUCUAGCUUGCCUCAAGGAUAUGAGACUGAGGUUGGGCAGAGCGGUGUGCAGCUCUCCGGCGGGCAGAAGCAGCGGAUUGCGAUAGCACGGGCAGUGCUGAAGAAGGCGAGGGUGCUACUGCUGGACGAGGCGAGCAGCGCCCUCGACUUAGAGUCGGAGAGGCACAUCCAGAGCGCGCUCAAGAAGGCCUCGAGGCGGGCCACCACCGUCGUGGUGGCCCACCGCCUCUCCACAAUAAGAGAGGCGGACUUCAUAGCCGUCAUACGCGACGGCUCCGUGGCCGAAUACGGCGACCACGACACGCUGCUGGCUGCCAACCUAGACGGCGGCAUCUACGCCAACUUGGUUAGAGCAGAAACAGAAGCCAUGGCAUUUGCUUGAGCUGUUUAGAAAUGUGGAUUAUGAUUUUAUUUAUUUAAAAAAAGGAAAAAAGAAUACAUCAUGCUUUUUUCUUUCCAUUUUUGGCUUAAACUAGGAUGCUUACCUACCUGGAUU